GUGAGGCGUUUGAACCGAGUGGUUGGUUGGUUGAUGGGGGAAACAACAACAAGCUACGCAUCAUGAGGGUCCCUGAAACACUGAUUUGGGCCGCUUUUCUCAUACAUAAGGUGGUGGGAGAGUAUGGCAUGGCCCAUUUCAGUGACAUGGGCAAGAGCAAAGGGAAGGAUUACUGCAUAUUCUUCAACUCGCAGUGGGCCCGUCUACCUCAGGACCUCAAUAAGGCAUCUCGUCUUCAGAUCUAUGACCUGACUACAUCGGUCCUGUGCUCGCCCUCUGACGUCCCAGAGGGAGGAUUCCCAAAUCGCAUCCCCAUGGUGAUGAGAGGAAACUGCACUUUCUAUGAAAAGGUCAGACUGGCCCAGAUUAACGGAGCCAAAGGCCUGCUCAUCGUCAGCAAGGACAGACUGACACCACCAGCAGGAAACAAGACUCAGUAUGAAGAGAUUGACAUUCCUGUAGCUCUGCUCAGCUACUCCGAUAUGCUCGAGAUUGUCAAGAAAUUUGGUGAAGGAAGACAGGUCGCCAUGUACGCUCCCAAUGAGCCGGUGCUGGACUACAACAUGGUGAUCAUCUUCCUGAUGGCAGUGGGAACAGUUGCUAUUGGAGGUUACUGGGCCGGCAGCAGAGACACCAAGAAACGAUACAUGAAGCACAAGCGGGACGACGGAGCGGAGAAGCAGGACGAGGAGACCGUGGACGUCACCCCCAUCAUGAUCUGUGUGUUCGUGGUCAUGUGUUGCAGCAUGCUGGUGCUACUUUACUUUUUCUACGACAGCCUGGCUAUUUGGGUCAUAGCCAUCUUCUGUCUGGCCUCCUCUGUGGGUCUGCACAGCUGCCUGUGGCCUUUCGUCCGGAGAAUCCCUUUCUGCAAGUGCAGGGUCCCAGAGAACAACCUGCCAUACUUGCACAAACGGCCGCAGAUUCGCAUGCUGCUGCUGUCGGCCUUCUGCAUCGCUGUCAGCAUCACCUGGAUGGUGUGCAAUGAAGACCAGUGGGCGUGGGUGUUACAGGACGCCUUGGGGAUCGCCUUCUGUCUCUACAUGCUCAAAACUGUCAGACUCCCCACAUUUAAGGCUUGCACCUUAUUACUGUCGGUCCUUUUUGUGUACGAUGUUUUCUUUGUAUUUAUUACACCCUUCUUUACAAAGAGCGGGGAGAGUAUAAUGGUGGAGGUAGCGGCUGGUCCCUCUGACUCUUCACAUCAUGAAAAGCUUCCCAUGGUGCUCAAAGUGCCGAGGUUAAACUUCUCUCCCCUGGCUCUGUGUGACCGGCCUUUCUCCCUCCUGGGCUUUGGGGAUAUCUUAGUACCAGGUCUGCUGGUGGUUUACUGUCACAGAUUUGACAUUUUAACACAAUCCUCCCGGAUCUACUUUGUGGCCUGUACUAUCGCUUACGGUGUGGGCCUGCUGAUCACCUUUGUGGCGCUGGCCGUGAUGCAGAUGGGUCAGCCGGCCUUGCUCUACCUGGUGCCUUGCACUCUGCUCACAAGCCUCACUGUAGCGCUGUGGCGCAGGGAGUUGCCCCAGUUCUGGACUGGAAGUGGAUUUGUGCCUCCCAUAGCGCUCGCACCAAUCAACUGUACACAAUCUGCAGCGCCGCAGUCUGAGGAUCACUUGAAUAAACCCGAGCCUCAAACCACAGAAGAAGAAGAAGAAGACGACGAAAAAGAAGAAGAAGAAGAAGAAGAAGAAGAUUCAGCCCAAUUACCGCCUCAGGAAAUGCCCGGGAAAGAAGGGGGAAACAAGUCUAACUGAAAGGACUUCUAGUACGGCAUUUUACAUUUCACUUCAUAUUUAAUUUGUUUUUUUUCUACAUUGUGUCUCAGUUAAAGGACAUUUUAAGUUCAGACAUUUAUUUGCACUCAGUGUGAAGGGCGAAGGGAUCCGUGCUUUCUGAAGGGUCUGGCUGAGCGAGGGGCCAGGAUUUGACACACGAGGUCUCAGAAAAAAACAAACACACCUUCUUCUAUUUACAGUCUGUACCUCCUUUUUAAAAAGGGAAUAAAAAGCUAAAUCUGGAAGCUGUUACACAGUAAAUACUCACAUGAGCCUUUGAGCUGAGGCUUUAAAGGUCCAGUCACACCGGCGUUUAAAAACAUGAAGAUCUUAAGAUAAAAUCAAGUGUUUUAAAUCCAAUCAGAUGUUUUUGUUCACUUUACAUCUUUAGUGAGCUGUCAUCACUUAUUAGUGGUGUUUUAUUUAACAUCCCCUGAUGAAGAUUACAAUUCUUCACAAAAUAGGAAUGUUUGCAGAUGAUAAAGAUGCAGCUAGUAGUCGACCGAUUAACUGUCCUUCAGUAAUAUAAUCAAUUAUCUUUCAGAUUAUGUAUCUUAAUCAGGUUCUUAAUGCUGAGGAUUUUAAGCUUUUAAAAAGACAAUUAAAUAAUCAAUUAUAUAAAUGGCACAUUAAUCAAUAAUAUAAUCUUUAGUUGCAACCCUAGAGUCAUGACACAGGAUUAAAAUACUUAUUUUCCUGAAUUAGUUAACUACCAACUGAAAUGAGGUACGAUCCUGAGAACAAGAUGCCAGGGCGAGUUAACCGUCUAAGACACAAAGUAGAAGAUCGGCUGUGACAGAUUAGCACUUGCAUGUUUUAGGCUGUGUGAGACUCUCCGGUGUGGUAGAACCCUUAAAAAGGUCCCGGUAUGCUUGAAUGCAUUUAUUUCAAAAAAGCACAUUAAUACAAACACUACACAACCAGCCACGUUAGUGUCCCUUAUCCUUUCAUUACACUACAAACUAAGGUUUCACAAUACCAGGCAGUGAUGUUUUAAAAUGUGGUGCUACGGUUGUUAACUGAGCCAAAGCUAUUAGAGAUUUGUUUUUUUUAUGAAGCAUUUGUUCAUUUGUUUUGGUAUAUUUUUUGUUUUGCAUGCUAUGGUUUUGUGUUUACUCUUCAUAAGAAAAAAAAAAACUGUAUAAUCUAAAGUGCAGACUGUAGUCAUUCUUGGUGCUGCGAUAGUUAAAAUGUCCACCAUUGCUUUACUGUUCCUCCUAGUAGUCGUCCAUGAUGUCUUAAAAGAGUUGGUCUGGCCUUAUUGAGUCCGUGUCGGGAGGUAAAGAGGAAUGUGGCGUGUGUAAAAGUCCCUGUAUGAACUCUAAAGGAUGAUGUGCUGCAGUUUGACCUACGAGUUGACGGGUUACCAACGCUCCUAGAUUAGUUGUAAAAAGCAUUUGCACAAUAUUUUUUAAUCCAUGGGCUGACAGAAGCUGCUGGUCCAUGUCUGUAUAUGUUUAUGUAUACUCAUAAAGGGUUUAAAGAACCCAAGGUGUCAAUAUAUCCAACAUUCAUUUUGUUUUGGGAGUCAGAGGUGACAUCACUCUGCACACCAGUAAAAAAUGUGUAUCCAUUUACGAUGCCUAUUAAAGUAGUUCAACAUUCCUGUACAGACGUUGAGAGGAAAAUAAUUUGGUCAGAUGUGAAAUUGGUUGUCUGGAUGUGUUUUCCAGGACCUGUUGAGGAAUACAUAUAAUAAAGAAACAUGGUAUUUGAAA